AUGGAUGAAGGUGACGACGGCAGCGGUGCUGGUAGAAGUGACGACGACAGCGACAACGACAGCGAACACGGCGACGAAGGACACGUCCCUGAACGUUUGCCAUGCGGUGGGGCACCAUCGUCAAGUCAACCUCUCGAGCAUCGCAACCCGCCGCCGGACGAUCACGCGACAUGGUUGCAGAACACCCAUCGACGCGUGGGGUUGAGGUUGGGAGGUUUCAUCAUGGAAGGUGGCGCAGGAGGAACGAAACUUCGUCAGUUCGGCGACAAGAAUCAGGACCACCGGCCGUUCUGGAAUCUGACUACGCUGUUGCUCGGGGUGUUCGCACUCAAGCACCAAAUCUCUCGGGCAGGGAUGACGGAUCUCUUUACCAUCCUACGCUUCGUGGACGGAGUACAAGGCGACGGUGGCGGAGACGGCAGGAAGUUCGAGACAGCCGACGUACCAAACAGCGGAGAGCACUUCGUGUCGCGGAUGCGCCAAUACCUACCGCUGUUUGAGGUAUGGGUGCGAGAUGCCUGGUUUAAACCCUCCAAGAAGGACCCUGCCGCACGGACCAAGGGUAAGGUGGACGACAUCCCAAUCGCACAUGUCAUGGCCUUUCUUUUGAAGUCACCAGCAUUCAUGGAGGAGAUGCUUGGCAACCCCGGCGGUGCCGUCGUGGAUGAGGAGGAGAGUAGGGGCAUUGGUUUGUCGAGCCAACACAUUUUCCCCGUGCCGACAUGCCCCAUCGGCAACGCCCGCCGGAACUGGAUGCACGGGACCAUCGUUCAAGGGCAGCCACACCUCAACGCCGACGGCUUCCUCAGUCUGGGAGGCAACAGAAUCUACGUGGGGGAGCUCGUCAUGUGUGAUCUACGAGAGCCACGUGCGGACACCCCACUGCAGGUGCCGUGCCGGGUAGUAAGGUGUUACUUCGACGAAGAGACGAGGAGGCUGGUGGUGGGUGUACGGUGCUUCCGGAAUGCGAACGAGGUGCUCGGGUUACCAUACGAGCACGCCGGCUUCGUUCAGCAAGCGGGACUCGGGCGUGUUUGGGAGGAGGUGGGACCGGCAUCCGAGGUUACGCUGAUCGACAUCGGGCUGGUGCUCGACCGUAUCGAGGUGUUCUCCAGCGCCGAUAUCGUAGACGGAGCUCACCAGAGGCCUUGGAUCGGGGAUGGUGAGCGCCGGCAUGGUUGGUUCUUUUUCGGCGAGGGCUUCGUCGAACGCAAGGGUAAUAAGUUCAAAACAAGGUUGGGGCACGGGCGAAAGAAGGGCUGGUCACGCGCUGGAGGCGAAGACGAGAAUUACCCGGACAUGCGUCGCCCUGGGGUCAUCCGCAACACCCACAGGCUCAAGUACCUCAGCCUCCUUGCCGGCGUCUGGGUGGACGAUUUCAACGUCUUCAGCAUAACGAACCCCGUAGGUGUGUACAGCUUCGGUGUUGUUUUUUGUUUCGACUGA